AUGCCCACUCUGCAGAUUCUUCACUGGUUUGUGCAGAUCUGCUUGGCCCUUAAGUACAUCCAUGAGAGAAACAUUCUUCAUAGAGACAUCAAGCCUCAUUUCAGUGCCACAACACGUCAUAUCAAAUUUGCUGCAAGCUUAGAGGGCUCCCCCCCAUCUGUCUCUGCUCAUUACUCUAGUGAUCUGGAAUCACUUAUCAGAGAGCUACUGAGUGUGAAUCCUGAAGACAGACCUUCAGUGGAUGAAAUACUGGCAAAACCGUUCCUGUUAAAUAUAGUUCGGAAAAACCAAAGGGUUCCCGAGGAGGUAGAAAGCAAGCUCCGUGAAAGUGCUGAGAGUUUAAUCCCACUCUAUAAUGAUCAUUUUGAGGAUCUUGAGUCACUCGUGAGAAAGUGGAAGGAGCUAACUGACAAUCUGGAAACCUUUCAUCGAGGUGCUACUAUUGGCAGUCUUUCAGGAGGAGUAAUGGGAGCAGUAGGAGGUAUCAUGACUAUUGUGGGUGCUGCCUUAGCCCCCGUCACCCUUGGUGCCUCUCUGAUUGUGACAGGAGUGGGCAUCGGAUUGGCAGCAGCUGGUGGACUGACUGGCGCUGCCUCAAACAUUACAAAUAUGGCCAAACAAAAAACAUUGCUGUCAAGUAUAGAUGAAAUACAGAAUGAAAUUAAAGAAAAGAGUGAGCCCAUUGUCAAAUGUCUGGGAGAAUUAAAGAAGUACCUCAAAAAAGUUCGGAGGUUUGGAACUUUUGCACAGACACAAGCUCAAGAAAGUCCCAUACUUGACAAUGUUCUUGUUGGAGCCAGAGUAGGGAGAAAUGCAGCUUGGAUGGGACAUUUGGCUGAAUUAGCAAGCAUUGCCAGUAUUGCUGGUGAGGCUGUGAGGGCAGUUCAAGCAGCAACAAUAGUGACAGGAGCAAUCUUUCUCCUGCUUGAUGCCAUUUUCAUUUUUAGAGAUGCCAGGGAAAUCCAUGAAAUGAAUAACAAGAAAGAUGCCAGAGAUGAUGAGAUAAAAUCAAACAUACUAAAGGCCAUUAAUGAGAUGAGGAAGGCACAAGAAGAAUAUGACACCUUCUUAAAACGGUUCAAAGAGGCAAAGGAGCACCUGGAGAAAUAUCUGCUGUGUCAAUAA